AUGGAAGACGAAGAACAUCAACAUCACGAUUUUGAUACUUCUGGAUCAGGCGCAUCGACCACUUAUCCUGUUCAAUGUUCUUCCCUUAGAAAGAAUGGAUUUGUCAUGCUUAAAGGUAGACCAUGCAAGAUUGUUGAAAUGACUACCAGUAAAACUGGUAAACAUGGUCAUGCGAAAGUUCAUCUUGUUGGUAUUGAUAUCUUCACUGGGAAGAAACUUGAAGAUCUUUCUCCGUCUACCCACAAUAUGGAUGUUCCAAAUGUCAAUCGUACUGAAUACCAACUUUUGAACAUCGAUGAUGGUUUUUUGAGUUUGAUGACUUCUGAUGGUACUACCAAAGAUGAUGUUCGUGUUCCGGAUGGUGAAUUGGGUGCAAAAAUUCAAGCUGAUUUUGAUGAUGGUAAAGAGCUUCUGGUUACCAUUCUUAGUGCAAUGGGUGAAGAGGCUGCUGUUUCUCAUAAAGAAGCACCAAAAUCCUGA